UAUAAAUACUACUCAUUCGUCCUCCUUCUCCGCAUACAUAGCUACGCUAUAUUCCCAAAUCUCAAUCUCAAAAUCCUAUUUUGCUUCUUUUUCCUCGAUUCGAGUUUCCGUCUCAAUUCUAAAGAUGCAGAUCUUUGUGAAAACUUUGACUGGCAAGACCAUCACCCUUGAAGUAGAAUCGUCUGACACCAUUGAUAAUGUCAAGGCUAAGAUCCAGGACAAAGAGGGUAUCCCUCCGGAUCAACAAAGGUUAAUUUUUGCUGGUAAACAACUCGAGGAUGGGAGAACCCUUGCCGAUUACAAUAUUCAGAAGGAGUCCACCCUCCACUUGGUGCUUCGAUUAAGAGGUGGUAUGCAGAUUUUUGUGAAGACUUUAACUGGAAAAACCAUAACCUUGGAGGUGGAGAGUUCAGAUACCAUUGAUAAUGUCAAGGCCAAGAUCCAAGACAAAGAGGGCAUCCCUCCGGAUCAGCAGAGGCUUAUUUUUGCUGGUAAACAACUGGAGGAUGGAAGGACCCUUGCCGAUUACAAUAUUCAGAAGGAGUCCACGCUCCACUUGGUGCUUCGUUUGAGGGGUGGCAUGCAAAUCUUUGUCAAGACUUUGACUGGGAAGACCAUUACCCUUGAGGUCGAGAGUUCAGAUACCAUUGAUAAUGUGAAAGCCAAGAUUCAGGAUAAGGAGGGUAUUCCCCCAGACCAGCAGAGGCUUAUCUUCGCCGGGAAACAGCUUGAAGAUGGAAGAACUCUUGCGGAUUAUAAUAUCCAGAAGGAAUCUACCCUGCACCUGGUUUUGAGGCUUCGUGGUGGAAUGCAAAUUUUUGUAAAGACGUUGACAGGAAAGACCAUAACUUUGGAAGUGGAGAGUUCAGAUACAAUUGACAAUGUGAAAGCAAAGAUUCAGGAUAAGGAGGGUAUCCCCCCAGAUCAGCAGAGGCUUAUCUUUGCCGGGAAACAGCUUGAAGAUGGAAGGACCCUUGCGGAUUACAACAUCCAGAAAGAAUCUACCCUGCACCUGGUUUUGAGGCUUCGUGGUGGAAUGCAAUUGGAAGAAGGUCGUACCUUGGCAGACUACAAUAUUCAGAAAGAAUCCACCCUUCACCUUGUCCUUCGCCUUCGUGGUGGCCUUUGAACGUUUUCCUCUUGUUGUAUGCAAAUCUUCGUGAAAACUUUGACCGGAAAAACUAUCACCCUGGAGGUGGAAUCCUCUGAUACCAUUGAUAAUGUGAAGGCUAAGAUCCAGGACAAAGAAGGUAUCCCCCCGGAUCAGCAGAGGCUGAUUUUCGCUGGUAAACAACUUGAGGACGGAAGAACCCUUGCUGAUUACAACAUUCAAAAGGAGUCCACGCUCCACUUGGUGCUUCGUUUGAGGGGUGGCAUGCAAAUCUUUGUGAAGACUUUGACCGGGAAAACUAUUACCUUGGAGGUGGAGAGUUCAGAUACCAUUGAUAAUGUUAAAGCCAAGAUUCAGGAUAAGGAGGGUAUUCCCCCAGACCAGCAGAGGCUUAUCUUUGCCGGGAAACAGCUUGAAGAUGGAAGAACACUUGCGGAUUAUAACAUCCAGAAAGAAUCUACCCUGCACUUGGUUUUGAGGCUUCGUGGUGGAAUGCAAAUUUUUGUAAAGACGUUGACAGGAAAGACCAUUACUUUGGAGGUUGAAAGUUCUGAUACCAUUGAUAAUGUAAAGGCAAAGAUCCAGGACAAAGAGGGUAUUCCACCAGACCAGCAAAGGCUUAUCUUUGCUGGGAAGCAGCUGGAAGAUGGGCGAACCCUUGCUGAUUAUAACAUCCAGAAGGAAUCUACUCUGCACCUGGUGUUGAGGCUUCGUGGUGGAAUGCAGAUAUUUGUGAAGACUCUGACAGGAAAGACCAUUACCUUGGAGGUGGAGAGCUCUGAUACAAUUGAUAAUGUGAAAGCAAAGAUUCAAGACAAGGAGGGCAUUCCACCAGAUCAGCAGAGGCUUAUUUUUGCUGGGAAACAAUUGGAAGAUGGUCGCACCUUGGCAGACUACAACAUUCAGAAGGAAUCCACCCUCCACCUUGUCCUUCGCCUUCGCGGUGGCUUCUAACUUUUUCACUUUUCACCAACUAUGCAAAUCUUCGUGAAAACUUUGACCGGAAAAACUAUCACCCUGGAGGUGGAAUCCUCUGAUACCAUUGAUAAUGUGAAGGCUAAGAUCCAGGACAAAGAAGGUAUCCCUCCGGAUCAGCAGAGGUUGAUUUUCGCUGGUAAACAACUUGAGGACGGAAGAACCCUUGCUGAUUACAACAUUCAAAAGGAGUCCACGCUCCACUUGGUGCUUCGUUUGAGGGGUGGCAUGCAAAUCUUUGUGAAGACUUUGACCGGGAAAACUAUUACCUUGGAGGUGGAGAGUUCAGAUACCAUUGAUAAUGUUAAAGCCAAGAUUCAGGAUAAGGAGGGUAUUCCCCCAGACCAGCAGAGGCUUAUCUUUGCCGGGAAACAGCUUGAAGAUGGAAGAACCCUUGCGGAUUAUAACAUCCAGAAAGAAUCUACCCUGCACUUGGUUUUGAGGCUUCGUGGUGGCAUGCAAAUUUUUGUCAAGACUCUGACGGGAAAAACUAUUACUUUGGAGGUUGAAAGUUCUGAUACCAUUGACAAUGUAAAGGCAAAGAUACAGGACAAAGAGGGUAUUCCACCAGACCAGCAAAGGCUUAUCUUUGCUGGGAAGCAGCUGGAAGAUGGGCGUACACUUGCUGAUUAUAACAUCCAGAAGGAAUCCACUCUUCAUUUGGUGUUAAGGCUUCGUGGGGGUAUGCAAAUAUUUGUGAAGACUCUGACAGGGAAGACCAUUACCUUGGAGGUGGAGAGCUCUGAUACAAUUGAUAAUGUGAAAGCAAAGAUUCAGGACAAGGAGGGAAUCCCACCUGAUCAACAGAGGCUUAUCUUUGCCGGGAAGCAAUUGGAAGAUGGUCGUACCUUGGCAGACUACAAUAUUCAGAAGGAAUCUACCCUGCACCUUGUCCUUCGCCUUCGCGGUGGUUUCUAAGCUAAGCUUCGUGUCUAUUAUGUCCAGCUAUCUAUUGUGUCCAGUGUCAAUUGAAAUCGUGUGCUGCAGUUCUCGGUUGGGUGCUUUUCUUAUGUUCGAAGACUAGUAUAUGUUUGUAAUUCAACAAAAGAUUGAAAGACUAGUAUCAUCGCUAUUGUUUGUUAACUAUAUAACUAUUACAAAAUAGCUUUUUUUAUGUAUGUAUAUGUGUAAUAUUUUUCUUAUAUAUACUAUAUAUGUGUAUUUAUAUUAUGUGAUUUGUUGCUCUGAAUAA